GCUAACUAAUGUCAAAAAUACACUUUGCUUUCAUCUCAUUAUUCGCAAAAACAUUGCUGUUUCAAAAAAAAUCUCGUGUUAGGGUUUUCAGUUUAUGUAAUUAUCCUCUCAGAUGAUAUUUUACCAGUUUAACAAUGCAAAGGGACAAAUAACAGCCUUAUUUGUGUCAAAAAAAGUGAUUAGAAAUGGAUCAACAAUUCUCAUUGUCUUGGAACAAUUUCCACGGGAACCUCAGCAAAGGGUUCGCUAGUUUACUAGGAAACAGUGAAUUCGUCGAUGUAACCAUCGCAGUGGACGGUCACUUACUACAAGCGCAUAAAGUUAUACUUUCAAUAUGUUCUCCCUAUUUCAAAAAGAUGUUCCAAUUAAAUCCCUGUCAGCAUCCAAUUGUUGUAUUGAGAGACGUCACCCACAAAGCUAUGAGAGAUUUAUUGCAAUUCAUGUACCAUGGUGAAGUGAGUGUGAAAAGGGAAGAUCUCACAAGCUUUAUAGGCACAGCAGAAGUGUUACAAAUCAAAGGAUUAACUAAUAAGGAGACUGAAGAAGAAGUGUUUGAAACAGAAAAAGAAACAUCUAAGCAACCUCUGGGACCUCAAAAUGAUAGUCCAGAUGCAGAAUCAAGCACAUCUGAUGCAUACGACUCCACAACAAAUGAAGUGGCAGAAAAUAAUGACAUAGAUUUAAGAAAACAAAGGCAAUUCAUCGAAAAAUUGCAAAGGCUAAGCAGCCUUAAAAGAAAAUCAGAUGAAUUCUUACAAAAGAAUUACUACUCAGAUGUUGAAAAACGACCAAAGGUGAUAGAUAAGAUUGCAUACAACAAAUCUAAUAAUCAGUUACUGCAAUCUAGUAAGAUUGAGAAUAUUAGAAAUUUAUAUGAAGAAAACACUGUGGAAAUUACAACAUCUCUUAAUCCAAGUAUGCAAAAGCUAUGUACAGAGAAAGAAGUAUGGGAAGACAAAAAUAAUUCAUUAACGGAUAACACAAUAGAAUUAAAAACUGAAUGUGACGACAGUGAUAUUAUAGUAACAGAUCCAGCUGUAUGUACUACUCCAAAGAGUUACGAUAACUCAAGAGAUGGAAAGCAAAGCCUUCUAGGGCCAGUGGAGUAUCAAUCACCACAGGAAAAUGCCCUAUCGCUGGUUAUAAACGGCACAUGCGAAUCUCAGUUACCGGUCCGGUACAAAUAUAUUUACAGUAGAAAAGGACACAAACAGCUUGUUUAUAUGAACUUUGUAUACACCAAGCAUUCAACAACUCACGGCAAGACGUCGUGGAGAUGCGUACAGUACUUCUCUUUGAACAGAUGCCCAGCAACCGUAGAGACCAUAGACCACAUGAUAUACGCUGUGAACCAUAAACACAAUCACGAGGACUGUUACGAGAAGCUGUUGAAGAAUAAAAUUUUCGAAAUGGACGGGCUUCAGGAUAAAUAAAGUUACAUAUUAGUAAUGGAAAGUGGCCUGUGUUUAAUUAUGAGUAAUAUUUCUUACGCAACUGCAAAUACCACAUAUAAGUUAAACUAGUAUUGGACUCGCAAAAAGUAAUCCAAUGUGAAGUUGUCCCAGGUCCGAUUUUAUACGCCUCGUAUUCAGAUGAGACUACUUGUACAGCGAUUACUGUAACUAGUUAUUAAUAUCCAUUUUUAUUAUAUAUUAUAUAAAUCGCUGAAUUCCUAAACCUGAACAGGUUAUAGAAAAGUCUAUCUAGUCUAGAGGUUAGGAAAAUGUAUAUUUUAUUAUGAUUCAAAAUAAUUGGUUGUAAUAUGAAGCAGUAAUUGUAUUGCUGCUCGCAUUUUCUCUUGCCAGUUUAACGUCGCCUAACGAUAUGCAGUGACGUCAAGAUGUCCCUUACACCUUUACCGCCACAUUUUAAUUCUAACAAACACGACUUCUUAUUGUAUAUUAUUUUGGUAAGAAUUUUUGACGUUGCAAGCAAACUUAACUUAACAUUUAAAAUAUAUGAUAUUGUUUUAGAAAUAAUAUUUUAGGUCCCGUCUGAAUAGACGAACUUACCAAUAUUGAUUUUUAACCAAGCUAGAUUCAAAAUAUUGUCCUUUUCAAAAACGCUGCAUGCCAAAAAAUAUGGUGUUGCAAUAAUGAAGAGUGCAUAAAGUAAUUACACAUUGCUGCAAUAACAUCUUACAUGCAUCUGGUAAUGUAGCCAGACGGGCAAUAGCAAUGCGCAAAGAAAGGCUCGUUUGCGUGUGACGUCAUUGGCAUUUUCAGUAAUGGAAAAUGCUUUAAACCUCGAAACAAAAUAAAGGCCAACGAAAAUAGAUAAUCAUUAACAACAAAACGCUAAUAGCGUGUCUGAGGAUACUUUGUUUACAUUAUUUAUCUUGUCUCGUUGGCCUUUGUUUAAUUAAUAAGUUAUCGCGCCUAUUCUCUGUCCGUUUAGGUAAUUACAGUCUUUAAAUAUUCACUUAAGAAUCUGUAAUCGAACGAAAUAUAAGCCUACUUCGAUUAAGGGCACGAUGUCAUAGGGGGUAUUACAGUUAAUCAUAAAAUAAAUUUUCAGCCAACUUUUUCAUGGGAUAAAGAAAUAACGAGCUUUAAUAACAAAAAUACGCCGUGACAACCAUGCCAGUAAGUAUAACACAGCUGUGUUGUACUUAAUUUUAAAUCACGAACUUCUGUGGUUUGGAAGGUUUAUCUUCUGAAUAAUAUUAAACCAUUGAGGCACCGCGUUUUAUGAUUUCUUUGAUAUGAAAACUUAAAUACUUGCAAUAAUGGCCAAUGUCCACUUUCUUAAAGAACUAGUAUAAGUUUUGUUUAAGUUAUGUAAUUUUCCUAAACUGACGGGACCUUAAUAAUAAAAGUUGCAUAACGUUGGAAUAGUUACGUAGUAUGUCACGUGAAUGGUGCUGUCAGUUGAAGUGAGCCAAAACCUAGGAACAAAGAAUAAAAAACAUUGAAUAACUAUUCCAGCGUUGUCACUAAUUUAUAAGGACACCAGAGUGUAAAGUUUAAAAAAUCACAGUAAUUGUUGUACGAAACCACAAUUAUAAUUAACAUUAGUUGCAGUAUUAUUCGGAAAUUUUUAGUACAUAAAAAGUGUAAAGUUCCUAUAUAUUAAGUAGACGUAACGUUUAGGUAUUACGUAAUAUUUACUCAAUAAAGAAUCUGUUUUACGUAAAACUAUUUUAUAUAAUCUAUUUUAUGGAUCAUUUUUACUAGAAGAUGUAUAUAGGUAGUUUAAAAAGUAUCCCAUCACCAUCUAUUAUAUUGUUUUAUUUUGU